AUGCGUCAUCUCCUUCUCUCCUUGGUGGUUCUCCCAGCUCUUCUAAACGCGUUUAGUGUGGUGCGCAACACACCCGAACCAGGAGAUCCAGAAGAUUUGACCCAAGACCUCACUUUCAAGCAAUUCGUUCCAUUCUAUGUGAACAUGCUCGAAUUGGCAAUUACAAAAAAAAUCCAGAGACAUUAUCAAGACUCACAUGUUCUAUGUGGACAAACAGAUGUCGUUCCAUGA